AGUCCAUUACAACAUACAGACAGGUUUACCCAAUGUGCUUCUACACACAGUUUCUCAGGCUCGGGGCUGCUGCAGCUGAAUUGGGAAAUACUUGUUAAUCGGGAGCAUUCAGAGUAUUAUUCAGCAUCUGUAAUCUCAAGCAACGUUUCUUCGCUACAAAUACAUUACAAUAACAAAGCAAAAUGUCAGAUCCAAUGAACCAGCCUGGUCAGAUUUCGUCGUCACAAGGCCUUAACGAUGGACAUUCUGCAACGUCCAAAGACUCGAAGUUUUCCGAUUCCUUUUUUUCUCCACCUGUAUCUCUCUUUCAGUCUCCUCAAGAAAAAAAAGUGGUACUUGGCUCUGACAAGCCUACAGAGAGUUUGGCCACCUCUCUUUCAUUUUCUUCUCAGCAAAGUUCCUUUUCUCCAGUUGCUUAUGAAAUUGAGUCUUCAGGACCACCUGAAAAUAACAUGCAUUGUACCUUCAAAGAGAAAAGAGGUCCCUUUGAUUCAUCUACAGGAUCUCAAAAACAGGGCUCACCCAUAAAGAUGUCCCCGGUGUCUGAAAGAAUCAAAGCACUUGAAGCUCUAGCUGCAAAGCAAAAUGAAUUUGAUAGGAAUGAUGGUGGGUUUAUGCAUUUUAAAGAGCAGCACUAUGAGAAGUCUCCUGUUGAAUCACAUGGAAUUUCUUCUGGCUUGUCCUUUGAAAAAAAAGCAAAGUCAGCUGAGCAGGAAGCACUAGAAUUGCCCUUUGAGGUGCUUGGUGAUGCAAGGUGUGGAAAUGACAUUGAAGACACUGUCGACUGGAUGAGAGCUUACUUACCUCCAGCACCAGAUUUCAGCAUUGAAGAUCCUAAUCUUGAUGAGAGAAAAGACUCUUCUUUGGUGCAGGAGAGUCCUACCAAAGCUUUAAAAGCAAGCAAAGUUGAUACACCAGAAGUUCCUGAAACUAUUGCAGGAGUUCCUGAUCUGUUCAUGGACAGUCCCAUCGAAAUGGCUGAAAUAAAUAAUGACAAUAAGCAAGCAGAACAAGAAAGUGUUGAGGAAGAAUCAGAAUUUGACCUAAGCUUUUUACCUACAGCGUAUAUGUGGGACAAACAAGAGAAAGAUAAUGGGGACACUGAAUGUUAUCAAAUAUUCCCUGAUAAUGAAGGGGUUCAUAACUCCCCUGCACCUCCUGCAGAGUUUGAGUCUCAAUCACCCUCUGCAUUCCAACAGAUAGAUGCUACUGUGAAACAUUGAAGCACUUCAAAGAGAAACUUGGAGACUGCGGUAGACAGUUCUGGGGAGUCAGAUGAUACAGUAAUUGAGGAAGCUGGGAGUACCCCAGCAAUAGAAAAAUAUGAAACUAAACUAUAUAAGAAAGUAGUUCUAAAUCAGGAAAAACAGCCAAUCCAGGUGCCUAUUAUUAAUGUAAUUGAGACAGAGGAACAGGCUCUAAGUGAUGAGGAGGAACAGUCUGAGGUUGAAGGAGAGGAGGAUAACAUAAAGUACCCAGUUUUGCAAAGUGAGGGCCCAGGGUCAACGGAGCAGUGUAAUGAGUGUUCAGAUGUUCUGGAACAUGUAUCUGUAGACACUCAACAGAAGGACCCCGAAUUUUUUUCUAAAUCUGACUUGGAUGCGAAAUACUCCCCUAAACAUGUGAUGAUUGAAGAUGAUCAUGAAAGUGGGAUUUUCCUUCAGUCUUCUCCUGACUCAGGAGGGCUAAAUUUAGAUGAUUUUGAAGUUAAGUUGCCUAAAUGCCAGAAUUUUGAGUCCUAUGAACCCCAUAAGGAGCCAUCUUUACACAAAGGGCCUGAAAUAAAUGCUGAAAUACUCUCUGACACUAAUCUUAAUAGCAGUUAUCUUUCAAAUGAGCCAAGUGAUGUAGAGAUGUACCUAUAUCAUUACGCUAGUGAGGAACUAGCUUUAAAAGACCAGUUGAAUGCAGGUUAUUUUAAAGAGAGUAAAGGGCAGAACACUGCAUUCUUAAAGUCCAGCUGUCUUGUAGACAAUAAAAAUACCAGUACGCUUGUUCAGGAAUCAUUUGAGGAAAACAUUACUGAGGAUUAUGAGACACUCAACGAUCACAAUCUGGAUUUAGAAUCCGUACCUGUGCCCUCUCUAUCCGACCCUUCAGCUGAUAUUCAGGGUGGUAUUAAGACUGUUUUCAGUCAAACUAAAUUGCCCAGUGUUGACUUACAAGAUGAGAAGGCAACAGUGGAAGCCAAGAGUUUUACCCUAAAAGAACAGGAGUUGCCAGUUCAGUUGAUUGACCAGCAACUUCCAGUUCAUGAGAACCCUCCUACAGUUUUCCCCUCACUCUACAAUAAGCAUACUGGCCAAAUUAAAGAGCUUGUUUCAUGUCCUAUGAUAACUGAUGUUGCUGAAGAAGCUGUGAUAAACUCUAAACCUGAAGUUAUGGCCCCUAAAGAUGUUUUAGAUAUGCCAGAUUCUCGAGAGACCAUCAGUGAUGCAGAGAAUGCUGAAAUUGAAUGUUCAGUCACAACUGCAACAGACAGUUUUGUGGAGUUUAUGAGGGAGUGUCUUAAAUCAAAGCAGGAAGAGGAAUCUGAAGGCCCCAGUCCUGGACAUGUAACUCUAGACCUGAAUCCUAAGUCUAAUGCUCUUGCAACCUCUCAAACUUCCCAAGCAAUGAUCAUGGACUUCGAGCAGGAGUGCCCUACAAUUUCUGCUUUAAAAAAGCUUGGAAGCAGCCAAGAACAAGAAGAUGAGAAUCCUCCUAUAGUGAAGACUGUCCUGAAGCCCAGUGAAGCCCCACGUCCAGUGCCUAAUCCUAAACCUUUAAUCACCUCAUCUACCACAGCACAAACUAUUUCAAAUAAGUAUCAGCCUGAUGCUUUAUUUCCCAACGAUGUAGAAGCAAUUGACAUUUGGGUGGCUGAAGCAUACCACCUUGCAGAGCAUGUCUUGACAGCAAUACUAACCCACCUGACAGUGAAUGACCUGGUGCAUUGGCGGGACCCUAAGAAGUCGGGUGUGGUGUUCGGUGUGUCGCUGCUUUUGCUGCUGUCUCUGGCAGCCUUUAGCGUGAUCAGUGUCAUCUCCUACCUGCUUUUGGCCCUGCUCUGCGUUACCAUCUCUUUCCGCAUCUACAAAUCCAUCAUCCAGGCAGUCCAAAAGUCCAAUGAGGGACACCCAUUUAAGGCUUUGAUGGAAAAAGAUGUUACCUUGCCUCCCGAGACUUUCCGCAAGCACGUGGACCUCUGCCUGACCCACAUCAACUGUGUGCUCAAGCAGAUGAGCCGCCUGUUUCUCGUCAAGGAUCUGGUGGAUUCCCUCAAGCUGGCAGUGGUUAUGUGGCUGCUCACUUAUAUUGGAGCUGUUUUCAAUGGCAUCACCAUCCUCAUCCUUGCGGAUAUCCUACUGUUCAGCGUACCACCUGUCUAUGAGAAGAACAAGACCCAGAUUGAUCAUUACAUGGACAUUGUACAUACUAAAGUCAACACUACAAUUGCCAAGCUACAAGAAAAACUCCCAGGAGCGAUGAAGCGCUGUAAAGCAGAAUGAUUCUUCUCUCCCAUCCCUAGAUACCAUGUUUACUAUUUUUCUGUCUUUAGCAAUCUCUCCUCCUACUUGGCCCUCAUUCCUUUCUCUCUUACCAUUUUAACCUUACCUCUUAAAACAACCAUCUGCACUGAACCAGCUAGUAUGUAAUAUCUAAAAAAAGCUUCUUGAUAUUCAAUGUUAACUCUCCCUAUAAUGCUUGUACUUGCAUUGCAAAGAAGCUUAUCUGGUAUCUCCAACACAGGAAGUGAUGUAAUACUGCAACUGGAUGGUCAUUAUGACAGCCAGAGUAGGGAAGGGUUUGUGAACUAGACUGAAACUAUGACCUGGUUUUAAGUGUUUGUUGGGAUGAUGGGUGUGGUGGUGAUGAAUAAAAACAGGUUGUUUGACUUGAAAGCAAAUGUCUGUACUUUUAAAAUGAUAAUUUCACUGAAAUGACAUUUGUUCCCCCUUUCUUGAGUUCUUCUAAAAAGAAAAAAAAGAGUAUGUAUUCAUCCGAAUUGCACUGAACAUACUAGACUCGCACAUAAUGAUCAGAAUGGAUAUGGACACCAAUAUAAUUUAGUCUAGUUUGCUAUUCUACCCGUUACUAGUGCAAUUUUUUAUUUUGGGGUAUGUAUUUAGCAGAUUACAACAUGCUUUUUGCUGUGAAGUAGUUAGGGAUGCUUUUUAAGAUUUAAAAAAUCAAAUUUUCCUCUCUUAUAUCUGUCUCUCGCACCUCUCUUGCACUCAGUUGUUUAAGUUGAAUGAACAAAUUAUUGCUAUUACUAUUAAAAUAGUUGUUAAAAUAGGUUGCUUUAUGUAUGACAUUUGGCUUUAUAACAAUACAUAUAAUUAAUAUUCUUAAGGUGUUAAGUAGAAAUCGGAGCAUCAGGAUUUGGAGAGAGAGGCAAUAAUUUUCAGUACUUUAUGAAGUUGGCCUCACAGGUUAUCUGUUAGUGUUGAUAUGGAUUACUGCUUAUUUAUGCUUUCACUGUUUCCUUUUGUAGGGUAAAACUAGUCACACAUCAAGAUUUAAGAGCUUCAGUUUACACCCUGGGGCACAUAAAUUAAAAUGCAGCUUUGAAUGAAAAAAGAAAAAAAACAAAGAAAGUUAAGCUGCGAUGAUUGUUCUUUAUAAUGGUAUGUGGUAAAAACUAAGAUCUUGCUGCGAACACUGUAGACUAUGUUGGAUGACAUGUAAUUGCUCAAAAGUAAAUUGCGAUCACCUGGCUUGUGUGUUUAAAUUGUAUGUGCUGUUUUACAGUAUGACACUAAAUGGAAUAUCUACCAUAUUGUCAGAAGUUGCAUUUAUAAAAUGGAGGCUUUUAUUGUUAUAUAAUCUUACAGCUCCCUAAUGUGUAACAUUCCAGCUGAUGCAGUUGGAAGUGUGUUGCUACCGCAGAAUUGUUCAUGAAGGCACACAUAAUCCAUAACAGUUUGCUCUCUGUUAUUAGGGCCCCAUUCUGAUAUCAUUGAAAUUGCUCAUGUCAAGUUCUUAUUUCUUCUGUGCAUGUUUAUGCACGUUCACUUUAAGACAAAAAUUUGUCCGCUCAUUUUGUUGCCUAGUUAGCAUGUUUUAGAAUUGUGAUCAGAUGUGUUGCUUCUGAAGUAUGGGUCAAGCUCUGAUAACUAAUAUUUCUACUUUUUCUUUCUUUCUAUUUAAUCGUAAAUUAUGAAAUUCAUUUUUAAUAGAUGCAGACAUCUCACUCUGUCUAGAUUCUGUGUCAGUAUCUGCUUUUUGCUCUUCCAAAGUGAUUUUAAUAUUUAGAUUUGUUUAUUUUUUUUACUUAGUCCUGUAGUUCUUUAGCAUGCGUGCAGUUUCGUUCCUGUAUUUCAGUUUCUCUUUAAAAGGAGGAUUCUCUUUGCUUAGGACUACUACUCUUUUAAACUAGAUGACUAACAUUCAGGUUGUAAGGUUUGAUUUAAGUUAAUAUGUGGAAGCGUUUAGGAAGGAAAAUAUGUAAACAGGAAAAUGUGAUCCCUGUAAUGAUGUCAAAGUUAACUAAUUAAAAGUGUCAAAAGCAUGUGUAGUAACCUUGCUUUGCUUUUUUUUUUGAAGAUCAUUCCACAAAUAAAAAAGGGUGAAAGAG